AUGGCGGUGCAGGCGGCGCUCCUCAGCACGCACCCCUUCGUGCCCUUCGGCUUCGGGGGCUCCCCGGACGGGCUGGGGGGCGCCUUCGGAGCUCUGGACAAGGGCUGCUGUUUCGAGGACGAUGAGACGGGAUCGCCGGCGGGCGCGCUGCUGUCGGGAACCGAGGGCGGGGACGUGCGCGAGGCCACACGCGACCUGCUCAGUUUCAUCGACUCGGCGUCCAGCAACAUCAAGCUGGCGCUGGACAAGCCGGGCAAGUCGAAGCGGAAGGUGAACCACCGCAAGUACCUGCAGAAGCAGAUCAAGCGCUGCAGCGGCCUCAUGGGCGCCGCGCCCCCGGGCCCGCCCUCCCCCGGCGCCGCCGACACCCCAGCCAAGCGGCCGCUCGCCGUCCCCAGCGCCCCGACCGUCGCAGCCCCGGCCCAUGGCAAGGCCGCCCCCCGGCGGGAGGCAUCUCAGGCGGCGGCGGCCGCUAGUCUGCAGAGCCGGAGUCUGGCCGCACUCUUCGACUCGCUGCGCCACGUCCCCAGGGGCUCCGAACCGGCUAGGGCUGCGGUGGCGGCGCGGGCGGUCGGGGCGGUCGGGCUCAGCGGCGCGGGCGCUGGGGGCGCCGGAGGGGACGCGGCCGGCCCCGCGGGGGGCACAGCGGUCCCGGGCGCCAGGAAGGUCCCACUGCGGGCCCGCAACCUGCCUCCGUCCUUCUUCACAGAGCCGUCCCGGGCGGGCGGCGGCGGCGCGUGCGGCCCGUCGGGGCCCGGCGUGAGCGCGGGCGACCUGGAAAAAGGGGCGGAGGCCGUGGAGUUCUUCGAGCUGCUGGGGCCCGACUACGGCGCCGGCACGGAGGCGGGCGUCUUGCUCGCCGCCGAGCCUCUCGACGUGUUCCCCGCCGGAGCCGCCGUCUUGCGGGGACCUCCGGAGCUGGAGCCCGGCCUCUUUGAGCCGCCGCCAGCGGUGGGAGGAAAUCUACUGUACCCCGAGCCCUGGAGCGCCCCGAGCUGCCCCCCGACCAAGAAGCUGCCUCUGGUUGCUCCCCGCGGCGGCUUGACCUUGGACGAGCCCUUGCGUGCCCUGUACCCCGUCGCUGCCGCAGACUCUACCGGCGGGGAGGACGAGCCGGGCCAUUUGGCCUCUUUCGCCCCCUUCUUCCCAGACUGCGCCCUGCCCCCGCCGCCGCCGCAUCAGGUGUCCUACGAUUUCAGCGCGGCCUACAGCCGCACGGCUUAUUCCAGCCUCUGGAGACCGGACGGGGUUUGGGAAGGGGCGCCGGGGGAGGAGGGGGCGCACCCGGACUGA